CGCCGCCAGGCCGGGCCGGGGGUCGCGCGCCCAGGGGGAGGCUGGGGGGGAGUCGUCGCCGCCGCCACCGCCACCGCCGCCGCCGCCGCCGCCGCCGCCGAGGUGACUGAAGAGGAGCCCCCCGGCCGCCCGCCAGCCCUCGCCGCCGGACUUCAAUGCCCAGCCCCCAGCUUGCCGGCGUUCUCUGUUGGAAUUCACGCUGCACAUUUAUGGCGAUUCUGAGCGUGCAGGCAGACUUCUGCCAGGCUCAGCACAGUGCUUUCGCUGACAAGUGAGCUUGAGGCUUCUAUGUGCCAUAAUUAACAUUGCCUUGAAGACUCCGGACACCAAGAUUGGCCUCAGAGAUAUUUGGCAUAUAUCUAUAUUUUUUUCAUAUUGGAAGCAUAUUCCCUUUAACGACUCCAGCAAAAUAAAGGAUCAAGAAAACACAAGUGCAGAGCAGGUCUAUACUUUCACCUUGCCUCACCAGUGCCUAAAUGUAGGAAAGGCUGCUGAAGUUGCAGGCAGUUGGAUUUUUGGAGGUUGAAGGUAACCAUCUGCAGUCAUUGAGGCCCAAGUUGAAUCUGAAUUCCAGUGGAUUCUAAAUAGAUCUGCUUAUCCUGAAGAAACUCCUUAAGGAAGGAACAAGCUGACUAGAGAAGACACUGAUCAAUAAUAGGCAUUUUUGUGGUCUUUUUAAUGUUUUCUGCUGUGAAACGUUUCAAGGGUUAUUGAUUCCCCCCCCCCCCCCCCAUUUUCCCAUCUUUUCCUCAAACACCCACCUACACAUACCAGCUUGUCCCCCUCCUUCUCUCACUCUCUUUCUCUCUUUGACACACACACACACACACACACACACACACACACACACACACUCACACACUUCAACACACACUUUUUUUGUCUGCCAUAAUGAACCGUCCAGCCCCUGUGGAGAUCUCUUAUGAGAACAUGCGUUUUCUGAUUACCCACAAUCCUACCAAUGCAACACUCAACAAGUUCACAGAGGAACUUAAGAAGUAUGGUGUGACAACUUUGGUCCGCGUUUGUGAUGCUACGUAUGAUAAAGCUCCAGUUGAAAAAGAAGGAAUCCAGGUUCUAGACUGGCCAUUUGAUGAUGGAGCCCCACCUCCUAAUCAGAUCGUAGAUGAUUGGCUAAAUCUAUUAAAAAGCAAAUUUCGAGAAGAGCCGGGUUGCUGUGUUGCUGUGCACUGUGUUGCAGGGCUGGGAAGGGCACCUGUGCUGGUUGCACUUGCUUUAAUUGAAUGUGGAAUGAAGUAUGAAGAUGCAGUUCAAUUUAUCCGACAAAAAAGAAGGGGAGCAUUCAAUUCCAAACAGCUGCUUUACCUUGAGAAGUACCGACCUAAGAUGCGAUUACGCUUCAGAGAUACCAAUGGGCAUUGCUGUGUUCAGUAGAGAAAAAGCUGAAUUUGAUUGUGUUUUUUGUGGGGACUCUUGGUACCUGGAAAUGUGAAUCUGGAAUCUAUGUCAUCAAAAUAGUGAUGGGAGUCAUUGCUCCUCAACUUCUGUCCUAAUGUUUUAAAAACAAAACAAAGCAAAAAGAAAACCCUCUAUAACAUGGAAAUAAAAAAUUUAAAAAGUGAGAGAGGGGAAAAAAGGAUGAAUUCAGUGAAGGAUGAUUUUCUCCCAAUGUUGCAGAUUGAAUUUCUGCCAGGAGUGAAUCAUUUCUAAACCUCCUGUAUUUUUAAACUUUUUUCAAAAUUGGGUCUCUAAGGAAAACCAGCAGAACAUUGGCCUGUGCAAAAAUCAUCUGUUUGGGGAA